AUGGGCUCCCACAGCGCUGUAGAGGACGACGGGCACCCGGUGAUGGACAUGGAGACCGCUGCGGGUCGCCGGCUCUUGGGCGAGAACAAACGCGUGUGGCGCGACCGGUUGGCGUCCACGAGCUCGUCCGGCGGCUACUCGGACGCCGCCUCUGUGGACGACGCGAGUGGCACUGCGCUUGAGCUGCCGCCGCACCUCCGGGACCACUUGGUGAGUGUCGUGCACCGGACGCUGCCGCCAGUGACGUCGCUGGAAGGCGGGGAGCGGCUGCCGCCGAUCGAUUACUCGCGGCCGCCGCCCAUGCGGAUCCCACUGCUGCCCGAGAACAUGAAACUAGAGCCGAUCCCCGGCCUAAACCAGCGACGGCAGAUGAAGCGCGUGAUCGUGUGCGGCGCCGGUAUUAUCGGGCUCACGACCUGUUACUAUCUGGCAAAACAGGGCCACGAGGUGCUGUGUGUCGAGAAGGAGCGGGGCGUGGGCACGCAAGUGAGUUUCUGCAACGGCGGGUUCCUCGACCCCGCGCUCUACGCCAGUCGCUCGGACAUGACGAACCUCCGCAAAGGAAAGCAAUUUCGCCACGCAAGUGCUACUGCGACCGCAGCAACAGCAGCUGCUGCAGUAGCAGAUGGCAGCAGUGGCACGACGGACGAUGAACGGCUUUCGGCAGCUGCCGCAUCCAGUUCGUCGAGGGAUAUUACUGUCUCGGUGCGACCAGCGCGGGGAUCGGUGGCCAAGUGGCCGUCGCGAGAAAAGCCCAUGAAAAUUGAAAUGUCGGCUUUUCGAGACGCAAAGUUUUGGAAGUGGGGGCUCCAGUUUUGGCACAAUUCGAAAAAAGGUCGGUCGAAUGAACACUGCCGCACGAUCCGCGAGUUGGGGUUCUACAGUAUGCUGAAGCUGCGUGAGCUGCAGGCCAACACCAAGAAAGGAGAAGUGGUGAUGGACCAAACCGCCCAAGGCACGAUUGAGAUUUUUCGAAAUCACAGCGAGUUACAAGUGACGCUACAAAGCGAUCGAAGCGCGCAUUUAUCGGAACUAGGCAUGGACUUGCAACCACUUAAUGCGACGCAGGCCCGUAAUCUUGAACCCGCGCUGCGGUCAGAGGUUUAUGCCCCAGGAGCUAUCCUGUCAGCAUUUGGAACAAGUGGCGACGUACAUAAAAUGUGUCAAUCACUGUACCGCUUGUGUAUGCGACAAGGGGUGAUGUUCCGGUUCAAUACUGAAGUGCAGCACAUCUUGACGGACAAAUCGUCAGUGAUUGCAUUACAGACACGGAGAGGGUCGCUCAUUGAAGGAGAUGAGUUUGUCCUGGCCCUUGGAAAUUCGACGGCUCCUGUGGCAAAACGAGCAGGAGUGAAACUGGCACUGUAUUCCGUGAAGGGAUAUGUGUUGUCCGUUCCCGUGGCUGCAGGCUUCCGUGCUCCUAUCCACAAUGUCUGUGCUGGUGGACAUGCACUUGUUGCACCGCUGGGCAAGUCCUUGCUGCGAAUAUCGGGCGGUGUAGAUUUCGUGAGUCAGAAAAAGACGGACGAAGAUUCGCCGCGAAAUCAAAAAAAGCGGUACGACUGGCUCUUGGCACAAGCCACGGUCAUGUUUCCAGACGGUUAUCUGGACGUGACCAAGAUACAGACACACACUUGCUGGCGUCCGGUAACAGCGGACGACGUGCCCCUCGUCGGUCGUACGAAGAUUCGGAAUUUGCACGUUAAUGCCGGUCACGGUUCAAAGGGAUGGACACUUUCGUUCGGAGCAGGGGCGUUGAUUGCUGAUGAGAUUAGUGGACGACGCCCACAACUGGACAUGACGAAGUUUGCACCCGAUCGCUUUGGCUUUUUCGGUUAA